GCUGCCAAGAAAGCGAACGAAUCUCUGCCCACAGUCGAGCAUCGGACUUCGUUCAGCUCGGCCGAUUCGGAGCGGAGUCUUCCAGAGGGCUUUAGCAAGAUGCUACUUUACGCCGUGUGCCUUCUCUUGCUACCAGAUAUUUUAUCAAGAUCGUUCAUCAGCGCCGCGCCAAUCACCUAUGAUCAACGACAGACCGGUGACUUCAAUGUGGACGCGAAGUUGGAGAACUUCCUGGUGAUCGUCGCCACUUCCGGUACCACCGGUCUGUUCAACAACCUGGCAACGCAAGCGUUAGAGCUUAACGAAUUGAUAUCGCAGCGUAGCAAGGAAACUCAGGAGAAACCAUCCGAGACGAUGAUUUACGAAACGGAAGAUGCAAAUAGCGGUAAAGAGCCUUACCAUGUUGAAAUUGUUCACAUAGAUAAAGGAGACGUCACAGAUAAACUGUCCGAGAAGUUGCAAACACCUGAAGAAAAAAUUCAGUCAGAAAACUCUGAGAAAAUAUUGGAAGAAAGUUCAAGUACCGAUGAUAAAAAAGGGAGCAAAAGAGCAAGAAGUCUUUGGAAAGAAAAUAAAAAAGCAGGCGGAAGAAGGAACUCACACGUGAAAAAUCUUGAUCAAUCCGAUGAUCUGCCGGUUAAGGAAGAGAUAUCGAAAGCGGCAAGGCCAGGGAUAUCUUUAAAGAAGCAGCUAUCCAAGAAAGAAGAGGAGAACGCAUCUUCCGUAUCCGAGGAGAGAAACGAAUUGGGCAACAAUUACCAGGAGUUAGUACUUCUCGGAGGUGGUAUCGAGAACUGCGGACCUGGAAGAUACAGGGAUAAAUUAGGUGUAUGUCAGGACGACAAAAAUUUCAAUUAAAAUUCCUUACCAACAGUGAAGACUGUUUUUAUCUUAUCGCGCGGUCCUUGCAUACCGGUUACUAUGUAUAUGACAAUUGUGAUAUUUCUACAUCAUAGUUGCAAGUUAAACGAUGGUGCUUUUAAAUUAACCACACGUGUGUUAAGCAUGUAAUAACGAUACGUUCAAAAUUCCCGCGCGAACUUUGAUCUCGUAAUCAAACUUAUGUUAGAUAUAAACUCUAAAGCGUGUCCUAUCUUUUUUUUUUUUACAUUUAUACUAUUUAUAUAUUUCAUACAUUUGUAU